UACAGGAAUGACCAGAGACUGCGGACAUAGUACAGGAGAUGACCAGAGACUGCGGACACAGUACAGGAGAUGACCAGAGACUGCGGACAUAGUACAGGAGAUGACCAGAGACUGCGGACACAGUACAGGAGAUGACCAGAGACUACUGCGGACACAGUACAGGGGACGACCAGAGACUGCAGACAUAGUACAGGAAAUGACCAGAGACUGCGGACAUAGUACAGUAGAUGACCAGAGACUGCGGACAUAGUACAGGGGAACGACCAGAGACUGCAGACAGGAGAUGACCAGAGACUGCGGACACAGUACAGG